UCAAGAGACACCGCUAGCUGCCGUAAACGUAAUCCCCGGUAUGGCUUUACUAAUGACCGCCGCGUAUCUAGGCAGACCAUUCUCUGUAGAGUGUGUGUGCUCGGUCUUUUCUUACCGACGACACAUCAUUGCUAAUCCAAAGGUUCCACAUUUGUCGUUCGUCUCCCGUCGGAAUAUUAGAUGGUGGAACAUGUGCAGUGUGCGCGACUUCUACUCACGCCAAGAAAACAUCAAGCGUAUCAGUCAGUCAAUUACUUGAAACCUACAGUAGGAUGUCUGACAGUGAGGAGGACGACUGUCCACGGCUUUCGGCUGAAACUCUGGCGGCACUUCAGGAGUUUUAUCUGGAGCAACAGCCAAGCACAGUUACAAAGAACUUUGCAGUGGGAGCCAUUGAAGAGGACUGGCAGUUAAGCCAGUUCUGGUACAGCGAUGACACAGCAGAGCACCUUGCCAAAGAAGUCAUUUCAGCCAUUGGGAGAGGCAGCAAAAUUGCUUGCAUCAGUGCUCCAAGCAUUUACCAGAAGUUGAAGGAGCUUCACCAUGAAGAUGUUUCUGUGGUUAUCCUAGAAUAUGACAAGAGGUUUUCAGUGUAUGGAGAAGAAUUCAUCUUCUAUGACUAUAACAGCCCCCUCUCCUUACCAGACAGCAUAACGCCCAACAGUUUUGAUAUCGUCGUAGCUGAUCCCCCUUAUCUGUCAGAAGAAUGCCUCACCAAAACAGCACAGACAAUUAAAUUUCUUACAAAAGGAAGAAUUCUUUUAUGUACAGGAGCAGUCAUGGAAGAACUCGCAGAACAGCUUCUUGGAGUCAAGAUGUGUGAAUUUAUCCCAAAACACAACAGACACUUAGGCAAUGAAUUCAGGUGCUAUGUGAACUACAGAUCUAGUCUGAACUCAACAGUGCAGACUUCUAAUAGUUAAUGUCCUAUUUCACUUUUAAUAAAAGACUUUGUUUAUUAUAAUUGACGAUUGGGGAUGGUUGGAAAAGUCAUUCAAACUGUAACCAUUGCUGGGCUCUCACACUUAUUCACAAUCAAACCAUCUUACAUGAAAACACUUGGAGAAAA